GAGCCUGCGGGGGCGCCGAAGGUGCCUGAGGAACGCCUCGGGGAGACAGCAGCGGCCUCAACUCUGAGCUGCGGCGGGGGCGCGCGAGCGCAGCGUACAAAGCGAGUCGCUGGCCACUUCUAGGGGGGUGGCCCUGAGGGGCGAGCGGCCCGUGUGGCCCGAUCCCGGGGCUCCGUGACCCGGCCCUGAGCAUCUCGGGGUGUCAAGGAGCGUCUUCGGAGGCCGCCCGGGGCCCAGCGCUGCCGCCACCGAGCCCCGGGGCGCCCCCUGGAUGGCUGAGCUGCCCCCUCGCCGGCCGCCCGGGCGCCGCAGCGGCUGAGGUCGCUGGGAUCGCCCGGCCGCCGCCCCCAUCGCCGGCCCCUGCAUGCCCGGCGCCCGGGUCGCAGCCCACCUGGACGCUCUGGGCCCCCUGGUCUCCUACGUGCAGCCACCGCUGCUGCCCUCUAUGUUCUACGUGGGCCUGUUCUUCGUCAAUGUGCUGAUCCUUUACUACGCCUUCCUUAUGGAAUACAUCGUUCUCAAUGUGGGCCUCGUCUUCCUGCCCGAGGACUUGGACCAGGCGCUGGUGGACCUCGGCGUACUUUCAGACCCUGGCUCUGGCCUUUACGAUGCCGACUCAGAGCUUGACGUCUUCGAUGGAUAUUUGGAAUAAUGUCGUGAUUACUGUUCCCCACUUGCCUUCCACCAUCCGCAACUCUUGGCCUGGACCAGCCGCCCGUACCAUGCCGCUGCCACUGGUUGGGGGCACCAUCUGGACAGGGAUGGGACCCCAGGAAGAGGCCCGCCUGCUCAUGCCAACAACAGGGUUCCUGCCCCAACCCAGGUGUCUGCCAGGAGAAAUGAGGACUCGGCGCAGGGACAGGGAGUGUCCAGGCCCUCCGAAGGCCCCGCUCGCCUGCCACCCGGCUCUCCACUGUCCUGGGUCUGGUUGUGACUCGCCACCUUUGUGAUGGAUGUUUACAGGCACCCAACCAGACGUCACCUCUCUGCACUUCAUCCCCAGCUGCACCUGCCUCCCCCACUUAACCUCUGGGAAGGACAUGGAGAGCUGAAGUGACAAAUGGGCUCAUUCUCAGGCCACUCUGUCGGCAUUGCUUGAUGCCGGUUGACCUUAAGCUGGGAAGACUGCAGACCCAAGACUGUUGAUCGUAGUUUCAGGGAGUCACUCUGAGGAGGGCUAUGCCAGGGCCAGGCAGGGGUUAACCUCUCCAGGUUGACAGAACUGAGAUACUGCACUGGGAAGGCCAUGCUUCCCUGGCUAGAAAUCUAUUUUUGGAAGUGUGAGUGGUGCGCAUAGUGUGAAUGGUGUAGAUCCUUGAUUUCCAUAAACCUGUAAAAGCAAUACUUAGAGGCUGACUUAUUUCAUUAAAAAAAUGUAAGCAACUCCAA